GCGAGGAAGACUCUGCGCUGCCGUCCACAAUGCUGAGUGUCGAGGCAGGAUCAGGUGAGGAGAGCAACGCUCUGUGUGCUUGAACGCCGUUAUCCGGUGGAAAAUAAACAAGAAAUAUGGAUAAACGCGACAAAAAGGCGAAUAAAGACUCAGGAAGCAAGUCGACUAAACGCACAGGGAAGCUGUUCCGGAGGAAAUCGUUUAAAUCCGUGGAAAGUUUGGUGAGUAGGAUCUUGAAAAGUUUGGGAAGCUUAGCAAGCGGCGGAGAAACAGCCGAACGGUCGGAUGCUGAGGAUGAUGACGGAGGGUUUGGAGAAAGCGCACCUUGCGCGGGAAACUCGGUGAAAAAGGAGGACAGCAGCACCAGCAGCAGUCAGGUGAGGAAAAGUUCGUCUCUUACCAGCCGUUCCUCCGCGAAAGAGCGAAUGUUUUCGCUGUACGGUGAUAAAACCCCGGGUGUGCUGGGUCUGAAGAACCACGGGAACACCUGCUUCAUGAAUGCCGUCGUGCAGUGCUUAAGCAACACAGACCUGCUCGCUGAAUAUCUUGGUUUGGAGCGAUAUAAACGGGAUGUUUGUCACAACGGAAUAAACGGAUUUAUAAGGAACGGGAACGGGCAGAACGAGAAAGGAGAGGUGACGGAGCGGCUCGCGGUUUUGGUCCGAGCACUUUGGACAUUUCAGUACACUCCUCAACUCUCUGCUGAGUUUAAGAUGACGGUAUCUAAAUAUGGUGCUCAGUUUCGAGGGAAUUCCCAGCAUGACGCUCUGGAAUUCCUGCUCUGGCUUUUGGACCGCCUCCAUGAAGACUCAACUUCAGUCGUCCCCAAUGGGAAUAACAUAAACAAAUCAAAGAACAAGGGUCAAGAAGGAGGUGAUGAAAAGCCUGGCUCUGAUACCCUGAGCCCUCCUCAGACGCAGCCUGGUGUACGUCACAGCUUUGUACAAGAACACUUCCAGGCACAAUACAAGUCAUCUCUGACAUGCCCUCAUUGUCUUAAGCAGAGCAACACGUUUGAUCCUUUUCUGUGCAUUUCUCUCCCCAUUCCUCUAAGACAGACACGACCUGUGUGUGUGACUUUGGUGUUCAGCAGUAAAGGGCAGCGCUAUCUGAGAGUCGGGCUUGCUGUGCCUCUGUUCGGCUCUUUGGCUUGCCUGCGCAGGAUGGUAGCAGAUGAGGGCAAGAUCGCUCCUGAUCAGGUGAUUUUGACAGAGAUCUACACAACAGGCUUCCAGCGCUCGUUUUUUGAUGACGAUGACUUAACCAUCAUAGCAGAGAGUGACAUCAUCUAUGCCUUUCAAGCUUCACCCCUUUACAUCAGGGGUGGCUCUGCACGAAUCUCAGGGUUUCACCACAGUCUUCCGUCCUCUCCGUACUCCUCGUCUGGUCCGGAGGGUCACCGUCUGGCCGCGUCCGGUGCUUUGUCAUCUGAGUUCCUGAACCAAACCGAUGGGAUGCUGAAGGUCCUGUUGCUGGUGUGUAAUGCCGCUGGAGCAGGACAGCAGGCAGUGAGAUUCGGUCCUCCAUUUCUCAUGCGAGAGGACAGAUCAGUAUCAUGGGAUCAGCUCCAGCAAAGCAUCCUCAGCAAACUCUACUAUCUCAUGAUCAACGGCUCACAGGCUCAUAAUUUCAGGGUGUUGUUCAAGAUUCGUGUUGUUGGAGGAUCUGCAUCUUAUAGCUACUUAAAUCCUCAAGACGGACGGCCGCUUUUCCACCCAGCAGUGGACAGAGCUCUGAAACUGUGCGGAUCAGGUGGACCACCACAUGUGAAGCUCAUUGUUGAAUGGGAGCACAGAAUCAAAGACUGCCUGUUUGGUAAUAUCCAGGAGGAGGUGGUGAAGGACUCGGAAAGUGUUCGUGCUCAACAACAACACCACGUUCAGCAACACAGCUGCACCCUGGACGAGUGCUUUGAGCUCUACACCAAAGAGGAACAACUGGCCCCCGAUGAUGCGUGGAAGUGUCCUCACUGUAAGCAGCUUCAGCAGGGCACGGUGCAGAUGAGCUUAUGGACGCUACCAGACAUCCUAAUCCUCCACCUCAAACGCUUCCGGCAGGUGGGAGAGCGCAGAAACAAGCUCUCCACUCUCGUCCACUUCCCCCUAACAGGCCUCGAUAUGGGCCGCCACAUGGUCCAGAGAACCAGCUGUGCCCGAGCGCCACCUGGCUGGAAUAAGCAGGCCCAUCGCAGGCCUGAAGCUAGCAGAUAUGCAACGGACGUCCUGUACGACCUGUACGCUGUGUGUAACCAUCACGGAGGCAUGCAUGGAGGACACUACACAGCAUACUGCAGGAACUCGGUGGACGGUCAGUGGUACACCUAUGAUGACAGCAGUGUUGAACCCUUGCAGGAGGGAGAAGUGUGCACUCGCGCUGCUUAUAUCCUCUUCUAUCAGAGACGUGAUGCCAUCCCUUCUUGGUCAGCUAGCUGCUCGCGACAAGGUUCCUCCAGCUCAUCUCUGUCAGAUCACUGGCUCAUCCGAUUAAAUGCAGAUGAAGGAAUUUCCAAUUCAACCAGCAAGGUGUCAAAUUCAUCUUCGGCUCCUGAGCCUCAAACCCCUCACAGUCCUGUCAUCCACAAGUCUGCAAAUGAAGACAACAGAGAUGUAGCUGAAGCAACACCAUUUGUACGAAGCGUCCGGGGCCAGAGUAUGAGCAUGCGCUACCAGUCCAAAUCCAAGACGGGUUCAGGAAAAGUUCUUCCACUGCGUUGGUCGUUUGCUUCCAAGGAGCGCAGAAAACCCCCCAGCAUCACUUCACAAAAUGAUAACGAUGAGCUAGUGGAGUACCUUGAAUCUGGCCGACGGCCCCGAUGUACCAAGGAGCCUAUAGUAAGCAUCGUUGCCAGUCCUUCACAGGUCAAAGGCCACCUUCGUGAAGAUGAUUCCCUGAGUUCCCCCAGCUGUUGCAGCAGUCUCAAUGGUGUGGAGAGAAGUAGCUCUCAAGGCCCGGAUUCUCCAAAAGUGCCUGAAGGCCAGAGUAGACCAACUUCAGAUCUUAAUGCUGUCAGUUCUGUCGACUCGAGAGCAAAAAAAUGCUCAAAAACAACCCGGCAGGAGCACGAAAGGACUCAGGCUAGUAAGUCACUUCAAGGUUCUCCUACUGCACUUUCCACUGGUAACAGUACAUCUCAUUCCAGAGACUCCACACUGAAACGGCUUCGAAACCCGGCAGCUGCAACUAGCAGAAUUCAUCCCAGUCAGAUUCUGAUGGCCACAGGAGAAAGCAGAGGUAAAGAUGGCAUCCAUCCCGUUAGCAGCACCUCUCAGCUCCAGGAUGGGUGCUCUAAGGAGGUGGGUCAUGGAAAAACACUGUCUAGUAAGAGCUUGACCAAACUCUCGUUGUCCAAUGGCACUUUGAAUGGGAAGGUCGUUGAGGUGAGGAAAACUGGUACUGUUCACAAGAGCACAAGUAAAACAAAUGGCAGAGACACCCAGGUUUUUUCAAACACUAUUGAUAUGAAACGUGCCCACAGCUCUUCAAAUAUUCAAAACAGGCUAGAUAUGACUUUAAAAAGGACGUUAUCUCUCCAAAGAAAUGGUCCCCUGGUGCCAGCUUCCAACAAAGGACUUGCAGUUGAUAAAUCCUCCUAUGCAACACUACAGAGAAUCAAAUACAGCAGCACUUCACUUGGCAGGCAGAGACCUGUGCCCGAGUCUUGCUUCUGACGGGUUACACCUUCAAAAUGGUGUUUGUACAUAGUAUGUUUUAUGCAGUUGAAAAUUGCAAAUCAUUGCUCUAUUCCAAAACCUCUGAGCCUUGAGUGUAUUCUGUCUACAGAAAGUCACCUUGUUUUUGCCAGAUUCAAGGUAAUGUUAUUUUGCAGAGAAUAGAUAAGGUUUUUUGUUUUUGUUUUCUCAAUUCACAAAGUCCCAAAGUUUAGGUUCGAUUAAAUGUUUUUGAAACUCUCUAUUGCUCACCAAGGCUGAUUUUUUUUUUUUGUGCCAAAAAUACAGCAAAAACAUUUUCUAAAAAAAUAACAACAGUCUUGUUUUAAUGGAUUUGGAAUGUAAUUUAUUCUUCUAAUGGAAAAGCUUCAGUCUCCAACGGAAAAUUUCAAUAUGUUAAUUUGUGCUCAACAACUUGAAUUUGAACCCACCCCUCAACCCCAAAUAAGCUACUCUUAUUGUAAGCUUAGAUUUGGAGAUGAGGCACAAAAAUAUUAGCACUUUAGUUUAGGUCACAAUUUACAGUAUGAACAAAACAUUACCUACCACUACGAGUUUAAUAAACUACUAAUUAGUUGUUUAUUAAUAGUUAGUUAGGUAGAAGUUUUUGGGUAGGAUUAGGGAUGAAAAAUUAGAUCAUAUUUUAUAACUACUAAGGAACAGUUAAUAUCUUAAUAAUAGACAGGUAAUAAGCCAGUCGUUAAUAGCAUGAUUUGUGACCUAAACUGAAGUGUUACCAAAUAUUCUGCUAAAUUUACACAGUUUGCACAAAUUCCCCUUAUUUUCUUCUCAUGGUAUUUUUCUGUAGCCAUUCAUUGGCUCUGUUAUCUCUGUUAUCAAAUUACUACAACUUUCACUUAAAAUGUAAAUAAUUGCAGCAAAAUGUUGGCUAAAAUUGUGUAACAUGAAAUUAUUCUCAUGUCAGCUGUAUUUAAUCGGCAAUAUGAGUCUCCCAUUUAUAAGACCAUUUCUGCCAAUAUAGAGCCCAAAUUGGAUCAUUAUGAUUAUAAUUAUGAUACAGCUUUAAGCCCAGAUGACAAUUACACUCUGUCAACAUUCCAUAAUGCGGGUAGACUCACUAUCCACCUGGAACCCAAAUUCUGUGUCCAUGCCAACAGUGUGGGCACAUCAGUGUAUGUGCACAGUGAAUGUUGAGGCAGAAGAGUGCAUAAGCUGAACUUGUUUAUCUGCGCUUGAGUAUACUUGCAGCUAUGCAGACAUGCAAAAUUAAGUAUUCCCAGGCCUUUAAUACAGUCGUCUAUUGUAUAUUGUAUACAGUAAAGCAGUUUAUUCAUUGGUUGCCUAGCAACAUAAAAUAACCGCAUCACACUGCUCUUUUCUGUACUGGCACAGACUAUGCAAGGUGAGUUCUCCAAUUUUCAUUGGUGAAUGGACUAAAGAAUAAGCAAUAGUUCACUCUGAAUUCAUAGUUAUGUAGUUGUUUUUUCCUAUUGACUGCAAUUCUGCAACUCUUCUGUGACAAAUAUUCAUUUUAUAAUGAUCUUUACUCCACAAUGUGAAGCAGCAGAAGUUAAAUGGCUAUGUGCAAACACCACUGGCCCAUUUUGGGGAGCAUUAAUUAUGCAAGAUUAGACUUGCGUGUCAUGUUGUAAGACAUAGUGUUCAACUCUUGCUUUAAAAAGUAAUUAGGACUUAGGAGUAGACUUUAAGUGUUUACCCACUUCUCCAAGUGCCACAGCACCCCUGCUUUAUACCCAAAGUAUGCUUUGCUCUUUUUUUAAAUAAGCAAGGGUCUGCUUACAUUGUGUGUUACGCAAGGAUCACCAGAAUAGUAUGCAAUUUUCUUAAGGCUAAUUCCUGUAACAUGCACAUGUGCUUUUUAUUGUGCUAGUAUUGUCCAUGCACUAAUUUGUUUGUUCAUAAGUUGUCAAAACUUAACUAGACUGCCAUUUUCCAUUAGGAAAGAAAAAACAAAACAACAAACAACAAGAACAGAAAUCUGAAGAUGACAGAGAUGGUUUUAAAAGUUACUCACAACUCUUUUUUUUAACAUUUAAUUUUUGUAGAGUGGAACCACAGACUUAGACAAGGACGAAUUAUUAUAAUGUGCAUGUGUCAAAUGCCAGUGUGUUUGCAAGCUGUCAAAUGGAGUCUUUGAAAAACUAUUAGAUAUUGGCAUUUGCAGAUACACUAAAGUACACAUAAAUCUGUGCAAAUGAGUGUUCAUGGACAGUAUGUACAGUCCAAUAUAAUCACUUUUUAAGCACAACUAAACAUAGGAGGGUGGCUUUGUAGUACUUUCUAGACAGUUCCUCUCAAGCAUAGAGUACGAAAUGUAAAGCAAAUGCUUUAGGAUUUUAUUUUAUAUUUUUACCUUCAGUUGUUUUGAACCGCAGGUGUGCACUCGUCUCCAAGUGCUGCACAAUAUUGUACAAUUGUGCAUAUUUCUACCUAGCAGAAACAAUUUGCUUCAAGAUUACCCUUGCAUUGCGUGUGCCAGUAUGUGCUGUUGUAUGCACAUUGUUGGCAUGGAAAAAAAUAGACUAGCAGUGUGUAGACUUUCCCAUCCUAAUGACGAAAAUUAUAUCAAAAGGAACAAGGCUCUUUAAAUAUAUCCAUGCCUCAGUCUACAUUAAAGCGUAAACUACUUUGCUCCGGGUACAUUUCAUUGCACAUUUCAGGUAAAAAAAACACUAGAGUAUGCCGUCUGCAUUUGAGGGAACCUGAAAUUAUACUUAGACGGUAUGUUUUGAUGGAUGUUCUAGAUACACAUCUUCCUUUUACAAACCCACAUGAAGGCAGAGCUUGUCAUAUAGGUCAUCUAGUGAACCACUGAUCUAAACCCUUCCCUAAACUGAAGCAAUAAUGUUUUCAAAAGCAAGCGUAAGACAAAAAUGCACUGCGACCACACCAUUUUAUCCUGAUAUUAUCUCUUUUGAGAAAGCAUGCUUUACUCAAACCUGAGCACUUGUACAAUACUAGUAAAACUAGUAAAACACCGUACAAAGUGAGCUACCAAGCACACUGACCAUGGCAGGAAAGUUGUAAUUAUGUAGAUAGAUAGGCGAGGCAAAUAUAUUUGAUUAUUUUAUUUGAGGUUCUUCUUUUGUUUGUUUAUAAUAUGUCCGUGUAAAUAUCAUUACUGUAAAAAAAAAAAAAAA